UUUUCAGACAACCUCACUUUUUCUCAGUAAGAUCUUUGAGUGAAGAAAAGCAGGUCAUUUUCGAAACCCAAUGAACUGUCAUUUGUUGUUUGUACAUUUAGACCACAGGCGUCUUUUGCAUGUUUUUUAUUUAUUUUCAUAUAGAAAUAAUUUUCUUUUGUAGAAUUGCAUAGAAUCACAACAUAAAUUUCAUAUAUUAUUGUAUUAUAUCACUCUUCACAAAAAAAAUUCUGGAUGAAACAAAUCAGUUGAUCUCCUAGCUGUAUGUUCUUCUCCCUUAAUGCUGCCGGUCUUGGAAAAACUCAACAUGUCAAGUGUAUAAAAGCAGCAUGGAUUGUAGCGUGUCUUAAUUGUGGAACCUCCAAGAGUGAAUGCAUACUUUGUUUGAGAUGAUGAGCAAUUCAGAGAUGUUGAAGAUACAUAUUGCACAUUUGAAUCUAUAAAUCCUAUACUCACAAGCAACAAUACUCUGUUUGGAUGUUUCAUACAAAUACUGAAGAAUGCAUCUAACAGCAGUGAACCAAAGCAAUGUCUGUCAGGAAGAUUCGUGUCCAGAGAGAUCUGUUUCUUUAUAUGUCUAUGUGAUCCUGUAUGUGGCUGCAGCAGCUGUGUCUCUGCUGACCGUGUUUGGAAACCUGCUGGUCAUCAUCUCUGUUGGUCACUUCAAACAGCUCCACACGCCUGCUAACAUCCUCAUCCUCUCUUUGGCUGUGUCCGAUCUUCUUACUGGAGUUGCUGUGAUGCCAUUUCAUUUGACUUUGUUGAUUGAGUCAUGUUGGACCUCUGGACCAGUGAUGUGUUCAGUUUUCAGUUUUGUGACUUUUCAAGCAACAAGCGUGUCUGUUCACACUGUGGCUCUGAUAGCAGUUGAUCGUUUUUUGGCUUUAAGUUCUCCUUUUUUUUACUCAGAGAAAAUCUCACCCACUGUGAUCUGCCUAGCGACUUUAUUUAACUGGUUGUUUUCACUCUUUUAUAACUUCACUCUUCUGUUUGUUAAUGGAAACUUCACUAAUGUCAUGUGUCCAGGAAAAUGUUUUUAUGUUAUAGAUGGAGUUUCAUCUCUCAUUGAUCUUCUAAUUGUGUUUCUUAUGCCAUGUACACUCAUUAUAAUAUUAUACACUCAUGUUUUUGUCAUUGUUAAAAGACAUGUAACUGCUAUAAGAGCCCUUCAGGUUCACAACAGCACAGGAUCAUCCAAAAACAGAGUUAGUGACAAAUCAGAGCGAAAAGCUGCGAUACUGCUCGGGAUUCUAGUCAUUGUGUUUCUUAUGUGUUUAUUGCCAUAUUAUAUUUGUUCUUUAGUAAUUCCAUACAGUAAUGCUUACUUGUUUUAUGUAAGAAAUGUUGCUCUAAUAUUUUUCUUCCUGAACUCCACCAUUAAUCCCAUCAUUUAUGCUUUAUUCUAUCCCUGGUUUCAGAAAAGCUUAAAAUUAGUUUUCACAUUGAAAGUGUUUAAUAAAGACUCAUCCCUGAUGAAUGUGCUCUAA